AUGGAAAAUAAAAAUAAUAUUAAUUUUAUUCCUUCAAGUAAUAAAGAAAUUACAAACUCGUUAGAUAUUUCUCUUCCAAAUCUUAUCUUAUCGAAGAUCUCAAAAUAUGCUAAACAAAUAAACUGCUAUACAAAUAAUUCAAUUUUUGGGAUAAAUGAAAAUAACAAAAUUAAUAGCAAUUAUUUUUCAUGUCGUCCCAAAAAUUAUUAUUCUCUCAUCAAAAUAAAAUCAAAUAUUUCUUAUUCCUUUAAAAAUGUGUGUAACCAAAAUUGUUGCAAAAAAAAAUAUGAUAAUAUUUAUAAUUUAAUAAAAACUAAAUCAAUAAAAUCGAAAUUGUUCAAAUUAGACAGAAACAAAAUUAAUUAUUUUAAGAAAAAAAGAGAAAAAGAGAAAAAUAUCUUUUAUAAAAAAAAAAAAUUUUAUUUUAACAAAAAACACCAAAAAAAUAGUAGGAAUUAUAAUUAUUUAUCUUGUAUCCAUUUAAAAAAAAAAAGUGAUGUAGAAUAUUAUUUUCCUUCAGAAAGCCAAAAUGAUUAUAUGAUUUAUGACAAAAAUGACAAACGUGAUAAAAUAAAAUACACUAACCAUUUCCAACUAUUUGAAUAUAAUAAAUCUGAAGAAAUAGAUAAACAAAAGUAUAUAAAUUCUAUAUCACGUUCAAUUAAAAAACAAAAAAAAAAAAUGUAUUUAUUAGAAAAGAAUGCAUGCCGAAUUUUAGAUAUCAUAGAACUUUUAUUAUAUAAAAGAAUGGAUGAAAUAUUUACUUUAAAACAAAAUAUGUCGAAUCAUGAUAAAUAUAAAGAAAUCUGUCCAGACAUUUUUUAUUUUGACAACAAUGAUGACCUUAUUGAAACGAUGGAUAAAAAGUUGAAAUUUUUGCCAAAGAUUCCAGUUAUUAAAAAUUUGGUACCUUAUUUUGGUCCUUCUCCUGAAAAUAUUUUUGGGAAAUAUUAUUCCUUAUAUAAAUAUAAUUAUAAAAUAAUUGACAUAAGAUUAAAAAUAUAUAAAAUUCCUAAUUUAUUCAACCCGUUUACGUUUUGUAAUCACAUUAGAUUCAAUACUUGUGAUCAGAAUAGACAGAAUUGUAAAAUUAAUUUACAAAAAUAUUAUUAUUUUUUCACCCAUACUAAUUUUCGAAAAGCGUGCAAAAUAAAAUCAGAAAAAUUGGCCACGUCAGAAAAAUUGGCCAAAUCGACCAAAUUAGCAAAACCCAAUUCUAAAACGUCCUUUUUAAAUUUGAUCCCAAAUUCAAACAAAAGUAUAAUUCCAAAUAGCCAAAUUGAUUUCAUUAGAAUAGAUAAAAUACCACCCGAUUUAAUACAAAUUUUGAAUUAUAAAAUUUUAGAAUUAUCAAAAAAAAGAGAAUCAACAAUACAUCUAAGUGCAUCAUAA